UGUCCAGCUGCACUUACGUCAGACCGACGUGUUUUUCAUGUCGGGUGCUGUAGUCGGACUAAGCUAAGUGGACUCACCGUUAGGGCUGUUAGCUCUUUUGUUUUUAGCAUUCGGCUAACAUGUCGUUAUUUAGCGUACAAGCGAGGAAGCACACGGCUUAUUACGACCAUCUCAUGUCCACAUCCCGGACAUCGGGGGGCAGAGGGCGCCCGGCGGAGAGGAAAGCAUCCGACACGACGCUGGAGAAAAGUGGGACAACGUCCGGAGAGUCUACGUGUGAGGACAGCAGGACUUCGGAGAAAAGCCGACAGGUUCACAGGACCUUUAUCGUCUCUGCGCUGUCAAAAAGCGGCAGCGGGCAGCAGACACCUCACCGGGGCCGGCUCACCCUGCAGAGGAGGUCAAGGAGGAGGACCGGGGGCGAACAGGGGGAGAAAACUGUGGCUGAAAGCAGCCUGAACAGCACCCCGGCUCCGGAGAAGAGACUGACCCUUCAGCGAAGGACCAGGACCCCCUCCAUGGAUAAGAGCGCCUUGGGUCAGCGUGGGAUAAGCGGGGCUGGUGGGCAGCCACCGCCGAAGGUUCUCAGUGAACCAAACGGCAGGUACCCGAGUGUGUUCAGGUCUGCAAGUGUGAGAGAAGCUGCCUCCAGGAGUAAAAGCAGAGAGACUCAUGCGGAAACCCAGGGGAGGCUGGCACCCAGCAAGACACCCUCCUCUUCAUCCUCCUCUUCCUCUACAAGACAACUAGAGGACCAGGCCCAAACAUUUAAAACCCCCACCAAAAAGACCCCGUUUCACAAGAUCGCAGCUAAGAGGGAAGUGUUCGAGAGAAUGGCAGCGCGAGAAGUCCCUAAAGUAGUGGCGGUCAAGUCUGCGAGUCUGGAAAGACCCAAAUCCAGAAUGCAACAAGCUCAAGAGUUUAAACCUGCGCCUGCUCCUCGGGUGGCCAAGGCGUCUGCAGGUUUGCACAGGCCCAGCCCUGCGCUAGGGGUGAUUAGGACAUCCAGCUCCGUCAAGAGGGGAGACGUGCCCCAGGCCAGGACGUCCAACCCGGCUCCUGCCCAUGCCCCCACCCCGGCUCCUGCCCAUGCCCACACCCCGGCUCCGGCCUCGCACCCUGCUCCUGCUCCAAGGAGUACCGAGCAGCCCCGGUCUCGUCCCAGUGAGGCUUUGCAGCAGCAGGAUUCAUUAAAGAUGGAAGACAGUGCAGUGACUGUGGCUGUCCGUGUCAGGCCGUUCAGUGCCCGGGAGAAGGCAGAGAAGGCCUCGCAGGUCAUUUUCAUGAAAGGCCAAGAGACCAUUGUCCAACAUCCUGAGUCCAAACAGAGUUACUCCUUUACCUACGACCUCUCUUUCUGCUCUGUGGAUGAGAGCGAGUCCACAUUUGCCAGCCAGCAGAUGGUGUACGAGACACUGGCUAGACCUCUUCUUCUAAGGGCCUUCGAAGGAUUCAACACCUGUCUGUUUGCUUAUGGUCAAACAGGCUCUGGGAAAUCGUACACGAUGAUGGGCUUCGGUGAAGAAGCAGGAGUUAUCCCAAGGUUUUGUCGAGAGCUUUUUUCUAGAUUGACCGCCAUAGAAAAUACAGAGGUCAAGUGUCAUGUCGAGAUGAGCUAUUUUGAAGUUUACAACGAGAAGAUCCAUGACCUCCUGAUUACCAGAGAUGAUCCAAACCAAAGAAGGAUGCCUCUGCGGGUGAGAGAGCAUCCUGUCCACGGUCCCUAUGUGGCUGAACUUUCAACGAAUGUUGUGAGCUCUUACAAUGACAUCCAGGGUUGGCUGGGGCUCGGCAACAAGCAGAGAGCCACAGCAGCUACAGGAAUGAACGACAAGAGCUCCAGAUCUCACUCCGUCUUCACCCUGGUUAUGACCCAGACCAAAACUGAGUUUGUGGAGGAUGAAGAACAUGACCACAGUAUCAGCAGCAGGAUCAACCUGGUGGACUUGGCAGGCAGCGAACGCUGUAAAACGGCUCAGACAAGUGGAGACCGACUCAGGGAGGGCGCUAGCAUCAACAAAUCCCUGCUCACCCUUGGAAAGGUCAUCUCUGCCCUGUCUGAGCAAGCACUGACCAGGAAGAAGGUCUUCAUACCGUACAGGGAGUCUGUCCUCACAUGGCUGUUAAAAGAGAGCCUCGGGGGAAACUCCAAGACAGCCAUGAUCGCCACACUGAGCCCAGCAGGCAGCAGUGUGGAGGAAACUCUAAGCACUCUCCGCUACGCCCAGCAGGCCCGAACUAUCAUCAACGUGGCCAAGGUCAAUGAAGACACCAGCGCAAAGCUCAUCAGAGAGCUGAAGGCGGAGGUGGAGAAGCUGCGAGCGGCCCAGAUGAGCUCACAGGGGAUCGAACCAGACAGGGUCCGGCUGUUUGUGCAGGAGAUCACUGCCCUGAAGACAAUGCUCUGUCAGCAAGAGAGAGAAAUGGUCGAGGCCAACCGGGCAUGGAGAGAGAAACUGGAACAAGCGGAAAUACGCAAAAGGGAGGAGACCAAAGAGUUGCAGAAAGCAGGCGUGACAUUCAAAGUGGACAAUCGUCUUCCCAACCUGGUGAACCUGAAUGAGGAUCCCCAAUUGUCUGAGAUGCUUCUCUAUAUGAUCAAAGAGGGUCAAACCACGGUGGGCAAGCUCCAGUCCGACUCCAGCCGAGACAUUCAGCUGAAUGGAGGCCUCAUCGCCGACCAUCACUGCGUUAUAAACAGUAUCCAAAGUACUGUGAGCAUCACACCAAUGGAAACUGCCAAGACCUUUGUUAAUGGGAACCUGAUCUCAGAGUCCACUGUCCUCCAUCACGGUGACAGGGUGAUUCUAGGCGGAGACCACUACUUCCGCUUUAAUCAUCCAGCUGAGGUGCAGUCUGGGAAGCGGGUAUCGUGUUGGACAGGCUCAGGCGAUGGCCAGAAAGAUUUUGAAUUUGCCAAAAAUGAAUUACUUAAGGCCCAAAGAGCUCAGCUGGAGGCAGAAAUUGAAGAAGCCCAUCUGAAAGCGAAGGAGGAGAUGAUGCAGGGAAUCCAGAUGGCAAAGGAGGUGGCCCAGAAGGAGCUUUGUGAUCAGAGGGCGCUUUAUGAGAACAGGAUUCGUACCCUGGAGAGAGAGCUGAACGAGGAGAGUGCGUGGAAACGUCAACAGGAAUUAGACCAGCAGAGGGUGGCCAGUCAGAUGGCAGAGCUGAAGGUGGCCAAGCUGGGGCUGGAACAGGAGGUGGACUCCCAGAAGAAACACCUCCGUCUGCACAUGGAGGCCCAGGCGAUGGAGGAACACCGUGUAAGUCAAGUGAGGAUUGUUGAUGCCCUGGAGGCAGAGAAGAAGAAGAUUGGCCGAGAGCUUGAGGAGCUGCAGAAGAAAAGAGCUUUGAGGGAAAUCCCCACUCCGAGAAAUGUCUCUCCACAUUGGGAUGCCAUGAAGAUGUCCUUGAUGAUUGAGGAAGCUAAUAAGAUCAGUUCUAAACUGAAGAGAAACACAAUUUUUAGAAGACACGAAAGCUCUGACAGCGAGAAUCCGGAAACGGGUGGUUUGCUCCAGGUGCGUGUUCAAAACACAAAGCUGGGGAUCUCAACGUUCUGGAGUAUGGACAAGUUCCAAAACAACAUGGCUGCCAUGAGGGAACUCGAGCAGGGGGAUUCCACCUCUAAAGAUGACGACGUGUUUUAUGACCCUGAUGAUGAGUGGGAGCAAGAUAUAUCGGCCUCCUCUUCCUCCACCUCAUCGUUCUCACGCCGAAGGAGCAGGAGUUUGCUGAAGAGCAGGAGAAUCUCCGGGCGUCUAUACGAGAUCCGGGUUCAUCCGAUUCAGAGCCUCCUCAACGGCUCCUCCCAGUCUGCUGGGUUGAUGGGUGUCUCCAAACCUCCCUCCACCCAUUCCACCAGCGCAGACUCUGCCUUGCCCGGCAUCUGCAAGGAGCUGAUCGGUCAAUCAGUGGCGCGUCUCCGUGGAUGUAGUGCGACGGAGGAGAGCAUGGCUGACAGGUUGGCCAAUGAUCUGAACCGGGUGUACGAGGCAGUUCAAACCUUAUCUGACCUGUACGACAGCCAGGACGAUGACAGCCAGGAGAACGUGUUUGUAUGCAACUUGGUGGCCCAGACUCAGCUGGUCAAGGCCGCCACAGCCAUGGAGAGUGCAGCGUUUGUGACCAGGCAUUGGUUGGUGAGCGUUAAACCCGUCUCUGGCUUCCUCUACACCAUCACUGAGGAACUCAAGAUCCAAGUGAAGAGGAUGGGAGGAUUCUUUCAGCUGCUCAUUCAGGGCUGUGAAUCAGAGAUCACAUCCAUGGUGACAGAGGCACGGAGGAAGAGCAGCCAGUGCCUGGAUGCAGCAUUGCUUGCACUCGGCCACCUGGCGGCAGUGACAUGCAUGCCGCUGAACGCUAUGGAGCUAGGUGCCCAGGCCACAGGCAAGCCCUCAAUGACCAUGUGUGUGCUGAACGGGACCAGCAGGGGCGUUCGCUCUCUUUUAAACGAGAGUCUCAUGAUCACCAGGGAGAUGCUGAGAGACGCUCAGCUGGCGUAUCCCAGGAACCCAGGCCUGCAGAGCCUUAAAUCCAAGAUGCUUGAUUUAGCAUGUGCUCUGCAGAGCUACAUGCAUUGCCAUAUUUCGGAGAGGGAGUCUGACUCAGAGGAAGUGGAGGAAUGGUCGGAGGAGGCUUCUGCUUCCCAUCUGAAGCAACUGAGGGAUGCAGCGACCAAACUGUUCCAGCUGAACCAGGCCAUCAGACGGCUGCAUUCCUCUCUGUCUGCCGCCCUGCGAGGAAAAGACAGAGACUCCAACCUCGGCAGCGGCAGAGAGCAGAUAUCCUCCUCUGCCAAGGCCGUGGACGAGCUGAUCGUGGGUCUGUCCAAGGAGGGAGGACUGACGGCGUCCUCGCAGCUCCCCUGUCUUCAGAGCGUCGUGACUGCACGAGACACACUCCACUCAGCCCUGCAGUCCUUGUCCUCCCCCUGGAACGAACAGGGGGCAGGAGAGAGCAGAAGCUCUGCCACUUCAGAUAAGAGCGCGGAGGAGGAUAACUCGAGUAAAGAGAGCACGUCCACUCACACCGCUGUCAGAAAUCGACUUGUGAGCAAAAUAGUGUACACACUCCCAUCCAUAGGCAGCCCACACUGGGUGUAAUGUGUACAGACUAAGUGUUGGUCUUUACGAUGCUUGAAUAUCAUGUAGGAUUUACUGUAACUGAUAAACUGCUGACGUGAGGAAAUACGAAAUGCUGGAAAUAAGAAGCUAAUAUCAAUUUUUUUUCUUCACACCCCAUCAUUACCAACCUCACACAGCGGGCAGCAGACAUUACAAAAACUCUUUCCAUUCAAGUUGAUAGUCGUUCAUUUGCACACUUACAAUUAGCUUUGGUUUCCACGUGUAAGCCCUCAUGUCAUUUCUGAGUCGAUGUAAAUGCAGCACUAGUGUUGAGAUGUACUUCUAAGUGCUUUGAAAGUAUUUUUGAAGGAUGCAUUCGAUCAAAGACUUUACUCACCAGUUAUUCAUGAUGCAUGAACGCAAUAUAAACUG